AUGCGCUUCCUAUUCGCUCUAGUUCUCAGUGUGCUCCUGUGUCUGCUCCUGGCUCCGGAGGGCAGUAGCGGGUCAUCUACAUCCUCGCCGGCGACCACAACCACCGACUCCUCUGCCACCACUACCACGGCUUCAUCCGCCACCACCACCACUACUGCCUCCUCCGCAUCCACCACGACCACUGCCUCCUCUUCCUCCUCCUCGGCGGAGGCCAGGAGACGCAGACGUGCUCGCCGCCGUCGCCUGGCUCGUGAGCGCCGUCGUCGCCAGGAGCGGAGACAGCGCCAGGAAAAGAGGAGGCGCAGGAUGGAGCAGCUGCUGGCGAGGCAGCGCCGCCUGAUCAAUCAGCUUCAGGGAUAGAUACGGCUGAUAUCCAAUGCUACUAGCAAUAGAAAAAUAAAGCAAUAAGUAAUAAUCUGUGCUAAUUACGUAUGCGUUCUUUACUGUCCCGGUAAAAACUUACAAAGAUAAAACUUUAGUCCUGUUA